UUGCUGCUCGAUAACCUUCUUCAUAAGAGACCACCAGGCACCCUUACUCUGGCCAUCGACAGUGGAGGUGUCAGGCUCGAUGGAGGUAGUGGUGGUGGUGGUGGAGGAGGUGGUGGUCGUGGUGGUGGUCGUGGUCGGUGUGGAGGAGGUGAGGAGUAG